AUGCGCCAGGCGUUACGUCUUGGCUACCAAGCCUAUGUUCCAAAGGGCGCGAUUCUCAGAACAGAGGCGCUUUCUGCGUCGCCUCACUUAGUGACUUCCGUGUUUCGCGAAACAGAGGCCGCGGCUGCACGUGCAGACAAGGCAAAGGAAGACGCAGGCUUUUUUAGCCUGCCCCGACUGAACUAUCCAGUCGCGUCUGGCAUUCCGGCAUUUAUCUCCAAACGACAGUUUGAUGUCCAGUACAAUAUUUUUCACCGCGAUACAGUACAGACGCUCAAUCAACAUACAUUAGGUACUUCACUGGAGGGUCACAAUCUUGAGACGGUCAUUCGUAGGACGUCCUUUGAUGCCACACAGGCAGUGACGCACACCGCGGCGGCAGAGCACUUUAACUAUUGUUUUUUUUACAAGUCACUGCGGCCAUGGGGAACGACCGUACCAAAACAACUUAGCGAGGCUUUUCAAUUGCAAUAUGGCCGCAACGGCUCGUUAGAUGUGGUGCAGGAAAUAAAGCGCCUGUUAACUAUUGCUGUUCUCUCGCACCAGGAGCGUUGCGGUUGGGUUUAUCUGGUUUGGACGGGAAAACAGUUUGAUGUUGUGGAGUUUCCGCACGGUGCUUGCCCCAUCGCCAGUGAUCUUGUCCCACUCCUGGCGAUUAACGUACACGAGAGCGCCUAUUCCCUCGACUAUGGCCACUCGGGACUGGAACAAUACACACAAAAUUACUUUAAGGCAUGUAAUUGGACUCUCGCUGAACGCUAUUACUUUCAGGCGACUAAACAGUUGAGUUACGACGUAUGA